GUUGCUGAGGAGACCAGAGUCACGAUGGAAGGACGUGAUUUUCAGAAAAUAGGGAAGGAAAAAGUCUGAGAGCACAAAGCUGUUUAGAAACAACCCCCCUCAUCAUUUCUGUAUCACUUAACCAUCACCAUCCUGUGUGCUACCUCGCUUGAUCCUCAUGCUGAACUGGAGAACUCAGCAGAGCUAGGUCACUGCCCUGCCAGGUUGCCUCUGCAGGAAGGGACAGACAUGCCCUGGAAACUGACACCACUUCUGCUGUUUCUGGGCUGGAUGACUUCUGUGUGCAGUGCCCGGGCCCGGACAGACCUGCUUAACGUGUGCAUGGAUGCCAAGCACCACAAGGCAGAACCCGGCCCUGAGGACAAGCUACACAACCAGUGCACCCCCUGGAAGAAGAACGCCUGCUGCUCUGCCAGAGUCAGUCAGGAGCUGCACAAGGACACCUCCUCCUUGUAUAAUUUUACCUGGGACCACUGUGGCAAGAUGGAACCCGCCUGCCAGCGCCACUUCAUUCAGGACAACUGUUUGUAUGAGUGCUCACCCAAUCUGGGGCCCUGGAUCCAGGAGGUGAACCAGAAGUGGCGCAAAGAACGGUUCCUGAAUGUGCCCCUGUGCAAAGAGGACUGUCAGAGCUGGUGGGAAGACUGCCGCACCUCCUACACUUGCAAGAGCAACUGGCACAGGGGCUGGGACUGGACCUCAGGAUCUAAUAAGUGUCCAAAUGGGACCACCUGCCGCACAUUUGAGACCUACUUCCCCACACCUGCAGCCUUGUGUGAGGGCCUCUGGAGUCACUCCUACAAGCUCAGCAACUACAGCCGGGGCAGCGGCCGCUGCAUCCAGAUGUGGUUCGACCCUGCCCUGGGCAACCCCAACGAGGAGGUUGCGAGAUUCUAUGCCUUGGCCUUGACUGCUGAGGCCAGGCCCCAGGGUAUUAGACCUCUCUUGCUCUGCCUGGCCCUGAUGCUGUCACUCUGGCUCCAUGACUGAGUCCAGCCUGUCCCCAGGUUUGAUGACCUGGGCUCAGUUCAGCUCCCACAAAUGAGGGAGCCAUCAGCAUGCUUCCAUUCAUUAUCCAUCCCUUUGUCAUCCAGUUCCUGCUCCAGGGUGGGGCUUGGGGUUUCUCUGACAGCCAGUUCUAAUAAAUAGACCAGCACA